AUAGGCCUUCGCAGCGCUUUGCUGCUCGGGCCUAAUAAACUGUAAAAUAAACUGUAAUACUAUUAAUACACUUCCACUCCUUAGCUGCCUAGUGUCGCCAAAAAAGCAUCAUAAACCUAAUCAGUAAUAAUUUGUAUAAUUUUGACUAAAUGUUGUUUAUUUUAAGACAUUUGUGAGCCUAAAUAUAUAUACUUUACUGCACAUCUAGCUCAGGAUUCCAUGAAAAGCUUGUAGUUCACACUCCGGCCACUAGAUGGUACCAAAGCACCAACGUUAAUUUAUUUACUCGUCUUAAGUCUAAGCUAAUAACGUUCACUAGUCCAUUGGAAUAGUUUUUGUGUUCUUUAGAAAACUGAGUUUGGAAAAAAUAUGGAAUGUUUACAUGUAAUGUAAAUGGUUCUGUUUGUGUUCUGUUGGUCGUAAUGGGACCAGAUGUGGAAAAGUUAGAGCAGUCUGAAGACUUCAGAUCUCAGCCGUCUCUUUUCUCUUCUGCAGGAUCUUCCAGAUGUGAUCCACAGAACCAGGCUGGGGUAAAGACUCUGGUGGCCGUCACAGAGGAAGUGGAGGAAUUCCCCAGAGUUCUCCAUCUGCAGGAAAGAUAUCCGGACCUGGUGGCUCCGUGUCUGGGGCUGCACCCCCUGCAGGCCGCCGGGGGUCAGCACAGCGUCCGGCCUCAGGACCUGGAAGAAGCUCUGCCUCUUUUCUACAGCCACAGAGAACGACUGGUCGCCAUCGGAGAGAUCGGGUUGGAUUUCACGCCGUGGUGCGCUCCGACCCAGCAGGACAGAGACGACCAGAUGAAGGUCUUCAUCGGACAGCUGGACAUCGCCAUGGAGAUGGACCUACCUGUGAACGUCCACUCCCGCUCUGCAGCCAAAGUCACCAUAGACACCAUGAGACGGCGAGGGAUCAGCAGAGCUCUGCUGCAUAACUUCUCUGGGAAGCCGGCGGCAGCUCUGGAGGCUGUGGAGGCCGGAUUCUUCUUCUCUUUCCCUCCUGCUGUCUGCAGGAACCAGCAGAGAGACCGGCUGAUCCAGCGGAUCCCUCUGGAUCACAUCUGCCUGGAGACGGACUCUCCGGCCCUCGGCCUCCACAAGAACGAGAGGAACGAGCCGGCUAACAUCGCCCUGUCCUGCAGCUACAUCGCUAAGGUCAAAGGUCAGACGCCAGAAACGGUCCGGGACGUCACGACUCAGAACGCCUACAGACUGUUCAGCAGAGCCAGCAGAUGAUCAGAAAAACCCUGAGGAACACCAGGCUGCUCAGCGUGGAUUUAAUUUCAGUUUUAAUACAUGUAGAAACAUCAUUUCCUUAUGCGCCAGUUGGACUUUACAGAAACAGUCUUCAGUCAGAGGCCUCUUUGGAUUGGUUACAUGACUGACUGCUACAGGAGAUCCUGGGUUCUAGUUCUGGU